AUGGUGGGAGAGCAACACCUUCCGUUUGUCCUCUACGCAAUUUUUACUGCUGUGCUUCUAAUUGAAGGAAGUCAAGGUAUAUUGGAUAAUUUUUUGUUUAUUAAGAAUAUACGCUCUAAUAUGCAAAUAGUUGUCGGCAAUUUUCUUUGGCAAAAUAAUGUGGAAGUUUCAUUUCGAGUAAGGUAGAAGGCAUUGGUGGUGGGGCACGCACGGAAAUAGGAAGGUACUGAAUACGAGCUUAUACUCAAACGUUAAGGACUCUAGCUACGCUCAGUGCGUGUAACUUUUCAAAAAUCCAUCAAAUGCAAUAACACAGAGUUAACAGGAGGCUAUUUUAGCCUAAACAUUUAUUAUUCUUUUACAGAAGUCAUUUUCAAAGCUGGAAAAAUCAAUACAACUACCAAGAACACAGGGUUGUUCGCUUGUGAGAAAAUCACAUUCGCUAGACCGUUCUCUGGUGGAAAGCAAGUGAAAGUGUUUGCUUCGUCUGGACACUCAGUAAACAGCCAAACCCUUGGUAAUGGUGCUGCUAUUUGGGUGGAAUCAGUAGACAGAACUCAAUUCCGCGCUUGCAUCUACGAGUACAGAAACGGCUCAAAUACAACUGCUGAGAUAAACUGGAUUGCCCUACAAUCUGCCCCUCCGGGGGCACAACUAGGAACUACUUCCUUGGAAUCUUGGACUACCGGAACAGAAUGUAAGAAGAUCUACUUUCCUCAGGUUAGUUUAAUUUUGAAAAUAAUAUGUUCACUGUGCAAAGUAACUGUGAUUGAUUGCAAAAAGGAAGAAUCCAGAACGGUCAGACAAAGUGGUUUUGGAAGAUGAGCACAAUAACGAUAUGCAUAAGGUUACUACUCAUUUGGAGAAAAUUUCUAUUAAUCAUAGUCUGGAAAUGUAUCAUUUCUUCGAGUUCUCAGAAAGAUGUAUACUAAAAGAGAGUUUUUCCUAUGAUGAAACCAUUGAAUGAACAAGGUCAGUUUGUUAAUGCAUCCUUCUCCCUUUUUCUUUUGCUGCAUUUUUAUUGUUUGUUUUUGGGACGCCCAGUGUUACGGCUAAGUCAUACGCGCAGUUGAAUGUAUUAAAGGAGAAGGUAGGAUAAGUUGUUUUGAUUCGCCAAUUAAAAGUUGAUUGUUGGUGUGGUUCCCUGCUAAUCGCACUCGGCCUUUGCCACACAAAUGGAACUUUCAUCUUGCCGUUGAACAGCCAAAUCCGAUUUCGUUUUGCAAUAAAGGACAUUCUUGGAUUCCUGACAGAUGACACUCUAAAAUAAUAUUAUUGUCAAACAUUUUCUUUGGCUCAAACGCAAAGAACAUAUUAAUGCAUACCUCCUUUGACGUUGAAAAACGUUGUCCUGACCCUUCAUCAUGCAAUUAUUUGUUCAAACGCUGGGCGUGUGUUCACUUCUGUAGAAUCAUUUUCCUAUCCGACAGAACUUCUUUAACAUUAUAUAACAGACACAUAAUGAUCGAUUUGCAACGCAUUUGAAUAAAGAAAUAAUAUAUAGAUUUAGCCAGGGCUAAAAGCGAAGCUCCCGUUAAUAAAUUCAUAAUUUAAAUCUAACAAUAAACUUGUAAUCCACAGAUCAGGGCACAUUCAUUUGACUUUUGAGGCAAAGGCUGAGUGAUUUUAGAGAAAAAUCAGAAUUCGACCGUCCAAGAGUGAAACAAAUUUUACAUCAAGUUAUUUGUACAGCGAAAAAUAGCAAUCAUGUUCGAUCACAGUAGAUUAGGUCUGGAAAACAAAUAGACCUAUUCGUGUAUUGCAUUUGCAUUAGCUGUAGCAUCAUAAUGUGGCAUUCACCAGUCUCUGCAACAUUGCUCCGUUAGAGAGACUAUGGAUAAUUGGACAACCCCGAAAUAUAAUUUUAAGAAACACAUGCGCCACGAUAGUCCUUGGUGGCAGCCAAUUUACAAGUUGCAUUCCUCUGUCUAAAAGAAAGGCCAAAAUAAAAAUCAGGCCGGAUUUUUUCUGUUCGACAAGUUUAGUUUACUAGUAAAUCUUGGCGACGAAUCUGGUGGCGUGUAAACCAGCCUUUUAAACAUACUUUUUCUCAUCACGUCUCAGGUAAACAGUACACAGACCUCGGACAGAAUUUGUUCUUUUUUGCCCUAUUUAAACUUAUAAUUCUGCAGUUUUUCACAAUUUUGCAAGAGAAUUUGCACUCAUUCAAUAUCCACAACGAUCAAAGCACGCGCUUCCUUUGCACAACAAAUUAUAGCAUUGAAUUAUAAAACGUUUUCUGUUAGUAAAAUCUGGUCCUAUGUGAUAUGCGAGGUAAUAAUUAUUAUGGGCUUUUAAUGAAAACGAUAAAAAAAAUUCCCAAAAUCACUUUUCGGCCAGCCGGACGGGUUCUCACUUUUGACAGGCACCAAAUUUGCAGUGCGAUUAAUAGCGUUACCAUUUACGCUUCAACAUGAUAGAGAAAUUGUUAUGUUUAGGUUUUACUUCCCUUUAUUCAUUAAACUGUGUAUGAUUUUGUAGUGUAAUCUUUAAAAGCGAGUGAUAUUUACGCGCGGCGUUUUGAGUAUUCCUACAUGCGGUGUUUAUGUUCGACUGGAAACAACCGGUGCAGCGAUGAAAAUUGCGAGAGGGACUACUGACAAUCAAUAAAAUAAGUUUAAUUCGGUGAAACAUGCACAGAGAAAAUAAUUUUCAUUCACGAAGAGAAGUAUUGAGAGGAAAGUGUCUCAGAAAAUCAUGAGUCAGGCAAGCAUAAGCUUAUUUAUGUUUUAAGCCGGCUUCCCGGUGUUCGCUCUUUUUCAAGAUGAACUCGAGGCAAGAAAAUCGCUCAGAGCUUUCUGUUUACAGCCAAAAUCAUAACUAAAUAAUCUUCGGAACCUUUUCUUUGAAAUUGCGGGUCAAAAAAUGUCUAAAGGCUUUUUAAACCUGAUACUAUUGUAGGUUAGAUCAUUGCUCGUGUUUUAACUUAAGCGGCAUAAACCAUACGCUUGACUUCCUGAGGAAACCGAAAAAAAAAAAACAUCAAAAACAAUAAUGGCUCAAGCUUACCAGUCGAGAUGCUGCUUCUGAAGGUCAUCAAGUGUUCCAGAAUCGCUUCAGACUUUUCAACCUUCUUAAGCCUCAAGCAAGGGCAAGUGAGUAAGCUCAUUUUUGAAAACGAUGCCAUCCGAAAUCGGAUUUCCAAUGACUUUGACAAGCGGUGCAUUUGUCAACAAAUGAAUUAAAGAACAAUCUUGAUAGCAGCUGUAUUUCAUUUUGUACACCAAGUAGAAAAAGACAGUUUAAAAUAUCACAAGAUGACACAAAACUCUCUCAGCUCCAGCUAUCAGUAAGCAAGUUUCCAGACGAUGCAAAAAUUUUCCGCAUAAUCUCACCUGUCAAAUUUUGACCAAUCAGAACAUAAAAAUUGGACGUAGAGCGUGAUCAACGCGUGACAGUGAGAAAAGUCAAAAGCGAUUGCCUUCCCUGCAUGUAAAUGUAAAAGCCGGUUGAAUUUUCGUGUCCGAGAUCAGUUCGAAAUCAACAUUUUAAAAGUGCGGCUCAUGAAACACGACUUAUUUCAUAUGCAUUUUAAAACAAUUGAACUUGAGCCUGCGAUCAUUUGAAAAGUAGCAACUUGUCAGCGAUACCUUCAAAAUAUUACUCGAACUCAGAGGGUCGAUAACUGAGCCCGCGAUACGGUCAGGCGAUACUGGUCAGCAGAAACACUGUUUUGACAGCUGUCAAUUAAUCAAAACAUGGAUGUACAAUAUCAGGUUGCAGGCUCCCAAACUAGCUAGAAAGUGUGAGAUUAAACAUUGGUAUGCCUGUGGUACGGACGGACGGAGGGUCGGGUGGUCGGUGUACGGUCACGUUAUUGCCGAAUUUUCUAGGAUAGAUAGAUUUUUUAUAAAGCUAUGGGGCUUCGAAUUGAGCCCGUGAUCAAAUAAAAUAUCAGCGCAAAACUUUAAACACUACGUGACCUCAAUAGAUAGAAAAAUGAGCCCCCGAUCCACUCAGGUGAUGAUGGUCAGCGUAUACUCUAGUUUGACAGCUGUUAAUUAACCUUAAUUAGAAUGGCGAAUAUUCGAAUUAACAGACUACGAGUCUGAGUAGGACAUUUCCGUCCGGCAUGUAGUGGAAAAUGCCAGAUCGUCUACCUGAGCGAACCUGAGCCCUCGUUAUUAGUUUUCUGAUAGCGGUCUGCACAUGUCCCAUUUUGACAGCUGUCAAUUUAACUUAAUUUGGCCUGCCAAUGUAACUUUAAAGGACUGUCAGCCAACUGACAGCCUUGCCCGGCGUAGUUUCGCUUUUAUGUUGAAUUGGUAAGUGUGACAUAUUAUAUCAGCUUAUAUAUAGGGGCAAAACGACUGGUCUUUUAUCUGAGCCCGCGAGACGGUCAUGUGAUAAUUGUCAGCGGAUGUCUGAUUUUGACAGCUGUCAAUCUAAUCGUACUCAUACGGAUGGCUUACAUAACUAAGAGGCUAGUCAAGUUGUGCAAGAUCUAUUGUGACAUUUGACAUCGGCUUACAUGAAGUGUGUGUACGGACGGGCGUACGCUACGUCAUAACCAAAUUUUCUGGGAUGGAUGGUUUACCAAAUUUUCUUACCCAUGGUGCUCCGCUGCGCGCGCGCUUCGCGCGCGCGGGAGCUCCGCUAUUAAGCACAAAUAAUCUUUUGGUUGACACUACGCUCUAAGUUGAUCGAUUUUUUUUUUUUUUAUGCGUGGAAUAACCUACUAAUCCGUGCAAUUACCAAUUCACGAACUUUCGCAAUGACAAUACGAGCCACAAAGAAAGCGAAAACUCGUGUAACACCUUUCCCUGCCCCCUCCAACCAUAAGACGUUUGCACGGUUAUGUAGGACUCCAGGGUGUAUUAAACUUAACCAGCCAGCCUUUCAACACCAACCCCCACUAUUCCGAAGAGUGAUGUGCUCUUCAUGAAAUACACUUAUACCUACCCAUAUAAUCCGUCAUACACUGACACUUGCAUUCACAUACAACAAGUCUUAAAUAUAAGCAAUGAAACAUUGGCCUUUAUAAUGGUAAAGUUAGUUUCCAAUUGCUAUCUAAUCUAUUAGUUUAUAAAACAAUAACACGGAACGCAUCAAGCAUUGUUUAAAUUGUUGUAAAUUUUCAGUUAAAAUGAACUUAAUUUAGAAAUAUUAAGUUGGCAAAACAAAGAGAUUUGGCAGUCAGUCACCGUGUAUGAUUUAUUAUCUUUGGCGUUUCCUUUGUUAAAGAAUUUGAUAACGUUGUUCUUCAAACGCGGUGUGCGUUCCGGUACCAAACGGAAAUACAUUCUAGCUCUCAUUUUUUUUUUUUUUGGUCACUUUCCUCUGUCUAGAAUUUUCAGUGCUCUUUUAUUUGUAAUUCAGCAAAAUUUUUCUCCUUAUUUUUAGCACUAUAAUAAUAGUAUAGUAUUAUUAUUAUUAUUAUUGUUAUAGUAAUAUUAUUACUUGUUCAAUUUUAACUAAUCCUUUUUUCUUUUUAUUUUUCUUUUUUUUUUUUUAUUUAAAGCGUUUUUUGACCUCUCCAACUUUACUUGCAACUCCAAGUCACCAGUUUCCUGAGAGACCUCAAGACGCCAUGGCAGUCUGGGUGGAGGAGUUGACCGAAGACAGUUUCAAAAUCUGCCUCAGGGAAGUAAAGAUUUUCGACGGACUUCACAAAGGCAUUGCUAUUGUGAGCUUGAAAUUUUAAAUUGCUUUAAAUUUCCAUUCAAUUAUUUUUUCUGCAAUGAGCUGCCCAAAGACGCUUAUUUGCUCUUAAGUUUAUCAUAAUCACAAGAAAAAUAGUCGAAGUUAUCAUAGAUUUGUAAAGUUCUUACGUAUUAAGUUAUAGCAAUAAAUAAAUAUGCCAAAAUUUUAAGUCCAGUUCUUUUUAAUAUGUAAUUUCGAAUUUGGUAAAACAUUGAAGAAAAAAAUACAUUCCCCAAGUAUAUUUCUGUUACCAUUUACUGCUUUGGAAGUCAGCUGGAACGCUUUCUAGCUUGAACCUUAGUAUAAGUAAUUAAACCAUUUAAUGAGCUAUAUUUUAGUACUCGUUUAAAUGAAUUGAAAUCAGGUUCCUUCUUCCGUAAAACUUUAGUGUUAUGCAGACCGCGGGGAAGGGGCUUUUGCCAGGCUCCAAACUUAAGGCUCAUGCUUAAUGAGUACCAAGCUUAGCAAUCUUCCUAAAACUUGUCUGAAACAUUUGUCCCCAAUGUCAGUGUCCGCUGCCACCGAUUGUUGACAGCCAUAUUUUGCAAAAAUUGGAAUUUUCACUUUAAUGCGUUUCUUUCUUUUUUUCUAGAUUUUCUGAUUGGCGUAAAUGAUAAAAAAUUGUUAAAGAGAAAAUUGUAAAAAUGCAAUCAAGGUUUUUGAAGAAAAUUAAUGUACAGAAGUGUUGAGAUAAUUUUCCAAGAAUGUUCAUUUCCCUCUGAAUUUUAUUGCUGGCACAUUAAGUUUGCUUUCAGAAUAUUCUUCUACACACAAAUAAGCAAAACAAAUACAUUUAACUUGUUCAAAAUCAAUUAAACGGUGAAAAUGUAUUCUUCAAAUAUCCUAAGGGUGUCUAUUUAAGAUCUGCAAUUCAGGUACAGUGUUCAGUUAGUUUUAUUUGAAUUGACAACAAGAUAGACUCUGUAAUAUCGGUAAGGCUUAUCGCUAAGAAAUUUUUAGAAAUAUUCUUUAGUGGGACAAGUGUCUUCAGCCUUCCCUUAAUGACGCGAUAGUUGAGUUGAAUUCAAACACUCCAUCGACGAAACUGGAUUGAAAUGCUCUCAUUUCUUACAGAUGCAUGCCCGAUUGAAAGUUCCAGUUCCUCCUGUUCAUCAUCCUGUCACUUCUGUUGUUAAGGGCAUUAAUCAGUGUCAGCCUACUUCGCAAUUUAAUCAGACACCUUGCCAUUUAAAUGUUUUCUAUUAUAUUCAAGCUGAAGUCACACUACAUAAUUUUGUCGGUCAGUUUAUCUCAAGAUGUUAGAUAUGUUGAGCACUUUAUUAUGACCAAAUUAUCUGGUCUAGCUAUAUUAUCAUAUGCGGUUUUUGAGUUAUAGGGGGCGUGCUUCUAACUCCCCCCUUCAGCUUAAUAGCAGACACCUGAUUUAGUAACAUCAUAUGGCAAAAACGGCUUCAAAUUUCUAAAAUAUGAUUUUUUAUUUCAUUGCUACAGAACUGGAUGGCUUAUACAAACCUCAGUAUUGGAAACUUCACAUUAACUGACAGCCUCCUAUUUACGAAUUAUAACUUGUUAUCUCAGCAAGCUAACCACGCCUUUUGCCAGGUACGAAAGUAAAUUGUUAUGUUGGUAAAUGGCCGGAGCACUAAAAUUUAUUUCCAUUAAAAAAUUAGAAGACAGGAUGAUGUUCCUUUUUAACAGAACCAAUAAACAACUAAUCCUUAAGUUGUUCUAAAUAUUCUGCAUUGUUUGUUAAUUCAUGGUCUGCGAAACAAGUCGAAACUUGCUUGUUUAAGUCUUUUGUUCAUUUUAUUUAUAAUUCUCAUGUUUUGCCAUUUAUCUUGAAUAAAAAAGUUGUUUGUAACAAGCUAUAUCUUUCUUUGACAGCAUAUCAACUUU